AUGGGUGUACCAGGAUCUGGGGACAGAGGUGCUGCAGGCUGCCUGGAAGGAUACAAUGCCUGUCUGUUUGCAUAUGGCCAGACAGGAACAGGCAAGACUUACACCAUGAUGGGAAACAUGGGCCUAUUCAGUCACAUACAUGUCCAAGGGGAGACCAAUGAGCAGAGAAGUAGUCACAGAGUUGAUGUCAGCUACCUUGAGAUCUACAAUGAGCGGGUGAGAGACCUACUGUUGACACCAGCGGUGGGACAGAUCGAGCGCCACACCCUCAAGGUCAGGGAGCACCCCAAGGAAGGACCUUAUGUCGAGGAUCUAUCACAGCAUUCUGUGAUGGACGGGGAGUCCUUUCAAAGUUUACUCCUGAGGGGCAACGAGAACCGGACAACAGCAGCCACCCACAUGCAUGAACACAGCAGCCGGAGCCAUGCCAUCCUCACGAUCGUUUAUACUCAGGACAAGCUGGAGGAAGGCCUGCCUCAUGAGAUCAUCAGCAAGAUCCACCUUGUUGACCUCGCAGGAAGUGAGAGAGCUAACCCAUCCUACAGUUCUGAGCACAAGAUGCAGCUGAAAGAAGGUUCAAACAUCAACAAAUCACUAGUCACACUGGGCAAUGUCAUCAAGACCCUUGCUGAGAAAUCCCUGUUGUCAUGGAGCCUUGACAACAUGGGUUCCUCCCAGAGUUUCCAAAGCAUGAGUGGGGGAGAGAGCAUGUCCAGCCUGCCGUCCAGUCCGCGGAGACAGCGCUCACUGUACAUCCCAGUACAGAGACUCGAUCCUCACAUGGCUCCUGAAGGACAGUCUGGGGGGCAACUCCAAGACCAUCAUGAUUGCCACUAUAUCGCCAGCCAGUGUUUACUACAAUGAAACAAUCAGCACAUUGCGCUAUGCACAGAGGGCCAAGAGCAUUGUCAAUAAGCCGAAAGUGAAUGAGG